CCUCACCUCAUUCCCCUCUUUCUUCUUGCGUUUCUUUAUGAAGGAUUUCCUUUACAGGACACCAUCAAGCCAUUAACCUCCGCAAUUGCUGAAAUGGGGGUCGCUCAGCUUCUCAAAUCCCGCUCGGCGCUCCGGGUGAACAAUAAGAGUACCACCUCUGCAGCUACGCUCACCUUGCGUCAGAGUCUGUGGCCCCUCGCUCUGGUCACGAUUCUCUUCUUUAUGUGGGGUUUCGCCUAUGGACUGCUAGAUACUCUUAACAAGCAUUUCCAAAAUACACUUAACAUCACUCGGACUCGUUCCUCCGGCCUUCAGGCCGCAUAUUUUGGGGCAUAUCCACUGGCAUCGCUGGGUUACGCUAACUGGAUUCUGCGUCACUACGGAUACAAGGCCGUCUUUAUCUUCGGACUGACCCUGUAUGGCAUUGGAGCGCUCUGCAUGUGGCCGGCCGGCCUCAAUCGGUCUUUUGGAGGUUUCUGCGCGGCUACCUUUGUCAUCGGGUCGGGGCUGGGCUCUUUGGAGACCGCUGCCAAUCCGUACCUCACCGUCUGUGGACCGCCAAAGUACGCCGAAUUGCGGAUCAACCUUGCCCAGGCUUUCAAUGGCAUCGGCACCUGCGUCGCUCCAACCUUGGCCUCCUACGUCUUCUUCACUGAUACCCAGGACGAUGUAGCAGCCUUGAAGAGCGUGCAAUGGGUCUACCUCGCCAUCGGCAUCUUCGUCUUCCUUCUUGCUGGGGUCUUCUACCUAUCCAACAUCCCCGAAGUCACCGAUGAGGACAUGGCCUUCCAGGUCGCUGAGACCCACGUCGACGAGCAAGAAAAGCCACUCUGGAAACAAUAUAAGCUGUUCCAUGCCGCCCUGGCUCAGUUUACAUACACCGGUGCCCAAGUCGGCAUCGCAGGCUACUUCAUCAACUACGCCGUCGAAACCUGGCCCGGCACCUCGAGCGCCACGGGUUCCAAGUACCUCGCCGGCGCACAGGGCGCCUUCACCGUCGGCCGCUUCUCCGGUGCCUUGCUCAUGAAAUACAUGCGUGCGCGCUGGGUCUUUCUUGUAUAUCUUUCGGGCGUGGUGGCGUUCCUCGCUGCGUCCAUCACCCAAAGGGAGCAGAAUGGAAUGGGUAUGCGCUCCCUUCCCUCCCCUUCCCUUCACUUUCGGAAUGAUAUGAUUCUGAUUGAUGAUGAUUCCAACAGCCAUGCUUUUCGUCACCCUGUUUUUUGAGUCUGUUUGCUUCCCCACCAUCGUCGCACUGGGCAUCCGCGGUCUGGGCCGGCACUACAAGCGCGGGUCUGGCUUCAUCGUCGGCGGCGUCUGCGGUGGUGCCGUCGUGCCGCCCCUCCUGGGCCAUGUGGCCGAUAUGCACAACAGCACGGGCUUCGCCAUGAUUGUCCCCACGAUGUUCAUGGUCGCUGCGUGGACGUAUGCCGUCGCCGUCAACUUUGUGCCUGCGUACCGCGAUACGGUGGACAAGGUCGGCGACAGCCAGAUCGGAUUGAUCGAGGGUGAUGGAGCUGGCGUGAUGAAGGACGUCGAGGCUCGGGGGAUGGAGAAGCCGGCAGAGGUAUCCGUCCAGGUUGAGCAUUGAUGAUGGCAAAUUGACGGUAUAUCUGUAUUUCCGAUGAAUAUAACGAUGCCUUAUGAUCUAUACCUAAUGCGAAU